GAGGUUCUUCACAACCUUCUUGCUGUCCCGGACCCAGGGACUUGCUGCCUUAGUUUGUCUUCCCUGUGCACCCAAGAUUCAGACCACGGAACCAGGAGCCAGAGCCUUGGUUCCUUUUCAAGAAAGGCACCCAGGAUCCAGGACCCCAGCUCCCACUAUGAUGGAGCCAGGGAUCCGGCCCCCUUACAAGAAAUGUACCCAGGGUCCAUGCCAGGGUCUCCACCGUGGUGGAGCCAGGAACCAGAGUCUUGGUGUUUUUCCAAGAAAUGCAUCCAGGGUCCAGGACCCCAGGACCUCAGCCAUGAUGGUGGGACCUGCUCCCUUUUGAGAAAUACACCCAGGAUCCAGGGCCCCAGAUCCCCUGAGAUGAUGGAGCUGUGAGCCCAAGGCCCUGUGUCCUUCCAAGUAAUGUUUUCAGUAUCCAAGCCUCCCGUUCUACCAUAAUGGAACCAAGGAGCCAGGGCAUCCAAAAUUCAGACCCACAAGUUCCCAACUGCGGUGAUGGGUCCAGGAACCCAGGUCCCCACUUCCGUGAUGAAGCCAGGACUCCAUCCUUCCAAGUACUGGGCCCAGAAAUUCAUCCCCCAGACCUAUUAAGAGAUGAGGUUUCCAGGCACUUCUGCCCCAGACUAAAGCUUCAGUAUCUUACUUCUCCCCUAAGGUUUCUAGUAGCCAUUCCUCUUGAGUACAGGAAUCCAGACCCUUCAUCCUUUCUCAGGAUGCAGCAGUCCUGGCCCCCAGAACUCAUUCCCUGAUCCUGACCCCUAGAGCCCCCAGACUUGACUCCAGAGGAGCGCAUGGAGCUAGAGAACAUCCGCCGGCGCAAGCAGGAGCUGCUGGUGGAGAUCCAGCGCCUGCGAGAGGAGCUGAGCGAAGCCAUGAGCGAGGUGGAGGGUCUGGAGGCCAACGAGGGCAGUAAGACCUUGCAGCGGAACCGGAAGAUGGCAAUGGGCAGGAAGAAAUUCAACAUGGACCCCAAGAAGGGGAUCCAAUUCUUGGUGGAGCACGAACUUCUGCAGAACACACCCGAGGAAAUUGCCCGCUUCCUGUACAAGGGCGAGGGGCUGAACAAGACGGCUAUCGGGGAUUACCUGGGGGAAAGGGAAGAGCUAAACCUGUCCGUGCUCCAUGCUUUUGUGGAUUUGCACGAGUUCACCGACCUCAAUCUGGUGCAGGCUCUGCGGCAAUUCCUAUGGAGCUUUCGCCUCCCUGGAGAGGCUCAGAAAAUUGACCGGAUGAUGGAGGCCUUUGCCCAGCGAUACUGCCUGUGUAACCCUGGGGUCUUCCAGUCUACAGACACCUGCUAUGUGUUGUCCUUUGCUGUGAUCAUGCUGAACACCAGCCUUCACAAUCCCAAUGUGAGGGACAAGCCAGGCCUGGAGCGCUUUGUGGCCAUGAACCGGGGCAUCAAUGAGGGUGGAGAUCUGCCUGAGGACCUGCUCAGGAACCUCUACGACAGCAUCCGAAAUGAACCCUUCAAGAUCCCUGAGGAUGAUGGGAAUGAUCUCACGCAUACCUUCUUCAACCCAGACCGUGAGGGCUGGCUCCUAAAGCUGGGAGGGGGCCGGGUGAAGACUUGGAAGCGGCGCUGGUUCAUCCUUACAGACAACUGCCUCUACUACUUUGAGUACACUACGGACAAGGAGCCCCGAGGAAUUAUCCCCCUAGAGAACCUGAGCAUCCGGGAGGUGGAUGAUCCUCGGAAGCCGAACUGCUUUGAGCUUUACAUCCCCAACAAUAAGGGCCAGCUCAUCAAAGCCUGCAAAACUGAGGCUGAUGGUCGGGUGGUGGAGGGAAACCACAUGGUAUACCGAAUCUCCGCACCCACACAGGAGGAAAAGGACGAGUGGAUCAAGUCCAUCCAGGCUGCUGUAAGCGUGGACCCCUUCUAUGAGAUGCUGGCAGCAAGAAAGAAGCGGAUUUCUGUGAAAAAGAAGCAGGAACAACCCUGACCCCUGUCCCCAACUCCAUUAUUUAUUUUGGAGCUGCCCCGCCUGGGUGGCAGGACCCCUGGGCCCUGGGGCUGUGGAUCCUGGUUCCCCAUUUGGAAAAUCACCGCCUCUAGCUCCUGUCUCCUUAUUUGUAAUUAACAUGUUGGUAAUCUUAUUAAUUAUUUAACCCCUUG